AUGCCCAAGCGAUUUCAGCGGUCGCAGUCAGCUGAUACUUCUGGCGUCAAGGUGUUCGCAGAAGUUUCACAGGAGGGUGAGGAGUGCGAAGAUGUGCUAACGCAAGCUGCGUUGGAUGAGAUCCGUCAGCUAAAGAAUCCGCCGUUGGCGGUGCGACGGACUUUGGAGGUCAUGCACAUUGUGCUGAAUGCUCGUCGCCACAGCCGGGGUUUGCCAACACAGGGCAUCAGAUGGGAGAAUGUGUUGAGGACCCUGGCGGCCGAUGACUUGGCAGAGCAGUUGGAAACAUAUGACAUUAGCCAGCUGCGACAGUUUCCAGAUCUUGCGCGAGAUUUGCAUGAUUUUUACUUCGAGGAAGGGCUUUGUUUCAACCGGCACAAGUCGCGGUGUUCGCGCAAACUUCAGACAGCCAAGAGUAGCUUCUUGCGCCGGGCGGUCACUUCCGAGGAGCUGAAGCUCAGUCCUGGUCGCGUUCGCUAUGCCUCUCGAGCAGCGGCGACGCUGUUCGCUUGGGCUGCCAAAGCUGUGGCGGAGGCAUUGCCACCGCCCACGCCCCCCACGCCGCCAAUGCCCGAACCAACGGUGGUGGCCGAUGAGGUGGAAGUUCUGCCAGAGCUGCUGCUUCCAGGCGAACCUGAUCCACCAGCGGAAGCCCUCACUGCAGGAGUGUGGGCGACGUGUCCGCAAGGCCAUGGCCUGUGUGUCGGCAUCGCCGGUACGCCUGUCUGCGCCGUCUGCGGGAACACGAUUCUUCGUGGGGGUGAUAGCGCCUCCUGCCGGCUUUGCGGCUUCUUUGUUUGUGUUGGAUGCCGCAAAGGCAGCUGGUUGAGUAUUGCUGGCGCUUCUGCAUCCUCAGCGGCAGCUGUGCAAGUUGACAUCGUUGCAAUGCGGUUCUUGCGAGAUGGCGAGGAACUGCCGGCUGCCCUCGCUGCUCUGGCACCAGCCGCGAACGUGCCGCAGAUGCCAGGAACUGCAGCUGUUUGGGGCGGCGAGCAGCAACUGGAGGAGGUUCAGCUGACCUUCCACAACGACCUCUUGAAGGAAGGGGUCAGCCAGGUGCCCAUGAGUUGCGUGGUGCAGUCAGCGCCAAAGGCGCCGCCAGCACCGCCGGUACCGCCGAGAAGUGGGUCGGGUGUCUUUGGAUUAAUGGACACGAAGGCCCUCAACGCCUCCAUCCUGUGCAGCGGCUGGAUGAUUGCAUCGCUCAAGAGGCCCAGGUGCCUCUUGCAUCGUCUUGCCCUGUUUUGCAUCUUCUGCCCUCGCCAUUGGGCGCGCGGUGUGCAGGUGGUGCUGCAGCCAAAGAUCACGCAGGCCCAAGGCAAGCUUGAGGCCGCCUUCUUGAGUCAGCUGGAACAUGUUCACAGCCUCGUGGAUGCCGUCAAUGAUCGGAUGGCGUCGGUGGAGAAGGACUUUCAGCAGUCAAGAGCGCGGUACAUUGGCCAAAUGGACCUGGAAGCCUCCGCGAUUGAGCAGGAUUUGGCAGAGUUCAGGAAGGCUUUUGAGCUGGAGCAAGUUAAUCGGCAGGAGCGGGAACAUGGCCUUCAAGAACGCUUAGAGGCGGCCAAGUUGCAAACCGCCGAGAAGCUGGCCAGGGACGACCAGCUUGCUGAUAGGAAAUAUGCGCAGCUCUUGCGCGACGCCGAUGAAAGCGUACGAGAACGGGACCGCGAGCAGCAAAAGUUCAAGGAGCAGGUCGAUGCAGAGAUUGCGUCGCUGAAGACCGCUAUCUCCGAAGCCACGCAGGCAAGGAGCCAGGCAGAUGACGACAUUGUGGCUGCUUUGAACCACUACACCAAGGAGCUGCAGCAAGCGGUCAGUUCGGUAAGCCACGGUGCCUUGCAAGCGGCGAUGCGCUCCUGA